AUUGCGUUUAAGUCGGAUCAUACACUCAAACAAAUUUAUCCUGAUUGACAAGCAAAUUCCCCGUGGGAUGUUUAAAAAGAUUUCACACAGCUUUUCCUGGGAAGACAUGGCGAUUUGAUAUAGUUUCGUUGCGAGACACGUGCAAAACGAUCGGUACGGGACCUGCUUGACAGGUUUUAGUCUUUCGGGUUUGCAAGAAGAUGCGCGCACACCGUGUGAUGGCCGCGUCAGAGAGUUCUGUCAUCCGCCGAAUCCCUCGUUUCCAUGCGUCCAGCUCUGCGCUUGAUUUACUACAUCUCAAAAUUCAAGGUAAGGUAGCAGUAAAUCAAGUUCGACCGAUUUUCGGUCGGACGAUCGCGGUCGGAUGCUGCGGGCGGCAGGAUAGUUUGUGCUUUGUGUGUUUGCGUCGUAUGGAUGUGGUUGGAAAUUUCGCGGGUUUGUGAAGUAAAUGUGAGUGUGGCGCCCGAGCCGUGCGUAGUGGGGGAAAGGGAGAUGCACCGAGAUGGGACCCGUUGGAGCGAGGGAAAGACAAAAAGGCCGCGAACGCGCGCGCGAUCUCGCCGAAGCCCGGGAGCCUUUCUUCGUCGUGGGGACCGGCGCGUUCACUUAAACUACAAAGCGGCUCAAUCAAGCAUCGAGCGGCGACGUAUAGGAGGUAAACCCUUAGGCGGUGGAGUGCCUUACGUGCCGAGGGGACCGCAGCGUGCAAGCUUGUGUGUCCGCCUCUGUAAACCCGGCAAGCGGCGGUGGUGUGGCCCAGCAGUCAGUGCUCGUAAGUAUUAAAUAUGAAAAGAGGAACCGAUCGUAAAUCAGUUACCGCUCACGAUUGAUCAAAGCGAGCGAUCACCGGGACGGAGGCAGAAGUGCCUGACAGAGUAUACGUACGAACGACGGACGGUGAAUAGCGUGCUGGAUUCCAGCUCGCACCAUCACUCCACUUCCUAGCAGUUGCAAAGCCAGUACACUACACGGGGAUACCGGUGAUUGACAUCUCGUCGUUGGUUGACAUAUAAAUAUAUCGGAGCAGCUAGCGAACGCACAACGGAGACACGUGCCUCGUGCCAGGAUCCCCGCUGCAUUGUCGCUUUCCUUCCAACCCAUGCCAACAAUCAAACGUACGAGCAAGUACAAGCAAAAGUGAAGCAAAGUGAUCCUCGAGGAAAAACGGCGCGGAUUCCGUGAACAAAGCGAAAGUGAUAGCUGAAGCGCUCCUCUUGAAGACGAAAAUAGGUCGUUAUGGCUGAGAUGGCCCAACAGCAGCAGGAACGCGCAUCUAUGAUGGUGCCAGCAUCACCAUCGGAAAGCACAGAACAGGACUCGCUUCUGCUAGCAUCCUCGCUGGAGCAAAAUCUAUCGCUGAGCACGGAAGGUGAGCAAGGAAAGAGGCCGAUGGGCAGCAAACGUGCCGGACGCGGUGCCGUUUUGAGUGGGCUCACACACGAGUGCGGUGUGUUCGGUGCCAUCGCCACCGGUGAGUGGCCAACGCAGAUUGACGUGGCGCAGGUGAUCUGCCUGGGGCUGGUGGCGCUGCAGCACCGCGGCCAAGAGUCGGCGGGCAUCGUCACGAGCGAGGGCAACUGCGCGAAGAACUUCAACGUACACAAGGGCAUGGGCAUGAUCAACAACAUCUUCACCGACGACUCGAUGAAGAAGCUGAAGGGCAACCUCGGUAUCGGGCAUACGCGCUAUUCCACGUCGGCCGCCUCGGAGGAGGUCAACUGUCAGCCGUUCGUGGUGCACACGGCGCACGGUGCGCUUGCCGUGGCGCACAACGGCGAGCUGGUCAACUGCGAGAGCCUCCGCAAGGACGUGUUGUCGCGCGGCGUUGGCCUGUCGACGCACAGUGACUCCGAGCUUAUCACGCAGGCCCUUUGUCUCAACCCACCGGAGGGCGAGGUGGAUGGUCCGGACUGGCCGGCGCGCAUCAAACAUCUGAUGCAGCUCGCCCCGCUGUCCUACUCGCUCGUGAUCAUGCUCAAGGAUAAGAUCUACGGAGUGCGCGACCCGUACGGCAACAGGCCGCUGUGUAUCGGCAAGAUCGUGCCGCUUACUAUUGGCGCCUACCGGCAUGAAAAAAUUGAUAAACUGCCUGCGGAGGGCUGGGUGAUAUCGAGCGAAAGUUGCGGCUUCCUCUCGAUCGGUGCCCGGUACGUCCGCGAGGUGCAGCCUGGGGAGAUUGUCGAGAUGACGCGCAACGGUAUCAAGACGAUCGAUAUCAUCGACUGUCCGGAUAAUCGGCGCCAUGCUUUUUGCAUCUUUGAGUACGUGUACUUCGCGCGGUCGGACUCCAUCUUCGAGGGUCAGAUGGUGUACUCGGUGCGGUUGCAGUGCGGUCGCCAGCUGGCACGGGAAGCCGGCGUGGAUGCGGACAUCGUCAGCUCCGUGCCGGAGUCGGGUACGGCCGCGGCGCACGGCUACGCCCGCGAGACCGGUCUCAACUUUGCCGAGGUGCUGUGCAAAAACCGGUACGUCGGACGUACCUUCAUUCAGCCAUCGACACGCUUGCGGCAGCUCGGCGUUGCCAAGAAGUUCGGUGCGCUGUCGGAGAACGUGGCCGGCAAGCGGUUGGUACUGAUCGACGACUCGAUCGUGCGCGGCAACACGAUCGGACCCAUCAUCAAGCUGCUACGCGACGCCGGUGCUAUUGAGGUGCACAUCCGGAUAGCUAGCCCACCGCUGCUCUACCCUUGCUACAUGGGGAUCAACAUUCCGACGCGCGAAGAGCUCAUCGCAAACAAACUGAACGCCGAGGAGCUGGCCAAAUACGUCGGCGCGGACAGUCUCGCUUAUCUGAGCGUCGAAGGGCUCAAGAAGGCGGUUCAGCUAAAUAUGUCUGUCAAAAAACCCGAACAAGUUGGUCACUGUACCGCUUGCCUCACUGGCGACUACCCUGGGGGGCUUCCCGAUGAUCUGGAAUGGUAGUAGGCGAUGAAAAACAAAAAGACAAUAAUACAUAGAUUUAUAUAUAAAUGAAUAUAUAUAUAUAUAUACAUUAAAAACGAUCUACAGACACACGUAGCAUCCGGAGCAGUAUCCCAAAUACUUCCGGGUUCACUUUCUUGCUAGGAUAGACAUAUAUUGUAAGCAUAACCAACAAAUGGUUCUGUGCGAUAUGAAAAACAUAUCAGUUACGCUUGGACACAGAGUUCACGAAGAACGUGGAGAAAUCCUAGCCUCCAAGACCGGUAGAGUUUUGAAAUGAUAAAAAGUAGCCAUUGUUACGUGCUAAUUGUUUCUUUAACA